AUGGCCAGGUUAUCUGGAGAGAGGAAGCUCUCGCAAGGGGACGCUAACGGAGAGGAGAUCCUGCUGCUAGUGUGGUUCCAGGUCGCGUGGGCACGUGCUGCCCACGUGACCCAAGCAGGUCAGGCUUGGUGCCGUGACAAUCUUGCCCUCUCUGCUGCGGGUGCUCGUGGGUUAGUAGUACGAAAAGGGGGUGACUUUGACCAUCAGCAGGAGACGCUAUUCCGGAACGAAACCCUAAGGAGGCACGACGGUCUCAGCAAGGCGAAGAGCUCAAUGCUGAUUCAAAUCCGGACGGGAGCAAUAGGCUUACGGGACUUCUUGUUUACACGGGGAGUCCCGGAGGUUCCGACUCCUGCCUGCGAGUGUGGCGAGGGACGAGAGACUGCCGAACACCUGGUAGUGUGGUGUUUGGCCCCACCGUUGACUAGAAGAUGGGAGAGAACUGGAAUUCGGACACAACGGGACUUUUACUCUGUUCUACACGGCAUCAAUCCCACGACUGCACGGCUCGCGAGGAGAGUUCUCGACUGGCUGAUGGACUCGGGGAAGCUGCCGAUGUACAACUUAGCCAGGAGGCUCGAGCUGGAAGCGGCGGCCUGA